CAUCGAUCCUUGGUUGAGCAUGCAGAGCAGGCGUUCAAGUUGGCAGAGCCUGCUAGGAUAUAAAUGGCCACUGAUCUACCAAGCAACGCCCAUCAAUCACCUCUUCCCACCCAACUGCAGUACAUCCAUCUCACUCACACACUACACCCACAGUCCCAGCCACCCAGUCAAUCCUUAAUCAUGCUCUGCAACACCGUCAUUGCCUUGUCUUUCGCUUUUCUCCACUCGGUCUUCGCCGAGUCAGUCUCGCCCCGAGGAUUCAGCGACAUUUUAGGAGGCCUCCCGACCGACAACUUGCUCGGCGGCGGCAACCUACCGGGCGGCGACUUGUUCAAUGGCCUGGGAUUCGGUGGUCAACCAAGCGAAACCUCUUGCGCCGACCAAUCUGGGCUCCUUCUCAACGCCAAUGUGCUCGGUCACACCCGGUGCUCCGGCGGUGGCGGUGCCGGCUCAAUGAGCUGCAACGGUCAAAACGGCGGCAAAUUUGGCCCGGUCACCUUACCCUCCCUCGCCAACGUCCAAGCCCUCACAUCCGUUGACUGCACCAAUUAGAGGCGCCUCUGCGCACCGGGACGAAGUCUGCCUUCCCAGCUCAAACUCGUCACUUCGAGUCGGAUCUCGUUGCCUGGAUCUUUCAAUCCCACCAUCCUCGUUGAUCAUUCCUUCAUCACGCUCGUUUCGGUUCCUUCCAACAUCAUGUUUCAUUAUCCCCUUUUUAGCCACAUCCUUCGCUUUUAAUUCGUUGUAGUUAGAGCUUGCCACGCAUGUUUUCCUAUUCUUCAGCAACAUGCUUCUUACACACA